AUGAGUUUACAUGAAGGCAAGGAAAAGUCGCUAAAAUACCUUGGCCAUUUGGAGGUCAAAGAGGCAAAGGCGUCCGAGCUUGUUCAGAACAAGAGGGUCCGGGCCAUCCUUGAAGUCCUUGAGGAGGAGGUGAGCGCGCCUGAGAACCUGAGCGCUGAGAAGAAGAAGCUGCUAUGCAAGGUGAUUGAGCUGGCGCACAGUGCAGAGGCCGCAAAAAAGCACGCCCAGCUUAUCCAGGACGCGGUGAUAGCCUCGGAUGUGGACAUAAAGAACGCGGAAAGCGUGCUGAAGCGCCACCCAGAGAUGGACGCUUGCGCAGUUCGGGAGCAGAUGCAGAAAAACGUUCCGUCUUUGGAGGAGAUGGAGACAGUUGCUGCGCAGGUGCUGGAGGAGAGCCUGGGCGAGCCAAAGGCAAAGAUUCUGAGGGAGCUGAAGCACCAUCCGCGGCUGCAGUUUGUGUGCCCCAAAACCAUACUGGAGAUGAUGGGGAGGCUGGACGUCAAAGCCCAGGCAGAGAGGCCAAAGAAGGCGCAGAAGGGAAUGACCGAGGAGAUCAUAAAAGAGCUUCUGGAGCUGGCCGAGAAGGCGCAGCCGCCGACCAGACUUAUAAAUAAAAAAUACCAGGAGGCAACAAUCCCGGAAGAGUUGUAUACUAGCAAGAACAGAAAGUGGGCGCGGUUUUUGGAGGGGGAGAUGCAGACCAUGCACACCCCGUUCACGAACUACCAGAAGACGCCUGCGAUUCUGCGAGAGCACAUAAAGAGAACAAACGGGCAGGUUCGGGUCCGGUUUCCGCCAGAGCCAAACGGGCAUCUGCACAUAGGGCAUGCAAAGGCCAUGAGCAUAAACUUUGGGUACAGAGAGUUCUAUAAGGGGAAAAUCUUCCUGCGGUAUGAUGACACCAACCCGAAGGCGGAGAAAACCAUGUACUACGAAAAAAUCCGGGAGAUGGUUGAGUGGAUGGGGUACCGGUCAGACGAGAUCACGCACGCCUCGGACUACUUUGACAGGCUGUACGAGUGUGCGGUUGAGCUGAUCAAGCGAGGGAAGGCGUAUGUGUGCCAUCUUUCUCGAGAGGAGGUUGCCGAGAAGAGAAAAGAGACCAUGGCUGCGCGCCUGGAGAACACGCAGGAAGAGCGGAUAGUCAGCCCGUGGCGCGACAGGUCGGUUGAGGAGAACCUGGAGCACUUUGAAAAAAUGAAGAACGGCGAGUACGAGGAAAAAGAGGCGGUGCUCCGAAUGAAAAUGGACAUGUCAAGCGACAACCCGCAGCUGUGGGACCUUAUUGCAUACCGGGUCAUAAAGCAUCCGCACGUGCGGACGGGGGACAGGUGGGUUAUAUACCCAUCGUACGACUUCACACACUGCUUGACAGACUCCUUUGAGGACAUCACGCACUCGUUCUGCACCACCGAGUUCAUAAACUCAAGAGAAAGCUACAACUGGCUGUGCGACGCCCUAGACCUGUACCGGCCGGUGCAGUGGGAGUACUCCAGGCUGAGCAUAUCCGGCGCGCUGCUGAGCAAGCGGUUCAUAACCAAGGCAAUCAACGAAAAGAAGUUUACGGGGUGGGACGACCCCAGGCUCAGCACGCUUGAGGGGCUUAGAAGCAGAGGGGUUCCUGCGCACAGCAUACGCCGGUUUGUAGAGUCUCUGGGCAUCACCACAGUGACCAGUGAGAUACCCAGGCACAUGCUGGAGAACAUUAUUCGGGAAGACCUCGCGGAGUCUUCUAAGGCGGCCGCGAUACUGAGGCCGCUCGCCAUAAAGGUCCCCACAGGGGAGGUGCUGGUUGACGAGAAAGACUUCAGGGAGGGCGAGCCGCUGCCAAGCUUCUACCGGAUCCAGAGAGGAGCCACGGUGUUCCUGAAGGAGCUGGGGCCAUUGAAGUUGGUCGAUCUGGCGGAAAGGCGCUUGGAGAAGUCUGCAGAGGCGCACAAUUCGGUGAUACCCUGGCUGAGCACCGACGCCCCCGUUGCCGUUUUGGAGAUCCCGCAGGGCGAGGAGAUAGCGGUGUACGCAAGCGCGCGCGUCUCUCCGGAGGUGGCAAGGUCUCCUCCAGGCGUGUACUGGCAGUUCCUGCGCAUAGGCUUCUUUAUACGGACGGAGGGCAGCGAGCUUAGAUUUAGGAUGGUGGUUCCGCUGAAGUCCUCGCCUUUGCUAGAGUGA